AUGUUAAAUGUGUAUAGAAAAUGUCUGAAUUUGUGGAUAUUGUAUAAUUAUCGUGAAAUAAUAAGGGAUAGGAACGCCGGAAGCUUGAAGCUGUUGUUGAAAGCCAGGAAUGCUAAAUUUCUAAAGUAUCUUUACACAGUUAUAUUCCACUGUGAAGGAACUUCUUCUGAUCCCCUGAUACAAUUUUUAUUGUUUUUAAUCAACAUCACGAGUAAUCCGCCCAAAGCUGCCCAGGAACAACCCAGAUCACCAGUCUCCAGUAGACUGAAAUCAGAAGAAUCUAACAUCGACGAAACUCCUCAAUCUGUCAUCUCACUAACCAAUACGAACGAUAAAAAUAAAAACAAAGACAAAAAUAAGGACAAAAAUAAGGACAAGAAUGUUGGAAACGAUGGUUUAAAUAAUGAAACCAGUGACCCUGAGGUAUCAAAGGAGGUGGUUGAUGAUGAAAUUGAAGCUUAUAAAGUUUUCAUUGAUGUUUUUCUAUCUUCUCUAGUUCCAAUUUUAUUAUACACUUAUUAUCAUAGAGUUUCCACCAAAUCGCAACCAUUCGACCAUUCCAACAGUAAAAAUUAUGUACCUAGUGACGUACCUAAUGAUGAACCUAGUGAUAAAUAUAAUUACUCUAGUGGUGAAAAUCAUUUUAGGGUGGAGAAAUUGACUAAAUUAUCCCGAACUCGAGUUAAUAACAAAUGUAACAUAUUCAAAUCAUUUUUAAAUGAUGAAGAAAGGUUAUUAAACGGCGUAAACUGUCAUAAUAACUUUCUUAAUUACUUAAAGAAUGCUGGAGAGUAUCCCUCAAACUUCAAUCCCAAUCAACCAAACCCUGUAACUAAGGGGAUAGAAAUAGUAUUAUUUAAGUUAUCUUUACUGAAUUUGAGAGGAAAUAACACUUAUAAAAUACCCAGUAGCAUGUGUGAUAUAUACAACAGGUUAAAUAAUUCAACUCUUAAAAAACAACUGGAAACUAGUUUACUCUACUGUUACCGUCUCAGAUGUAAUGACUUGUAUUUUAAAUCUAACAACGUUAAGUUAUUAAGUAAAAUACUGACCACCAAUACCACCAGUUACUCCUUAAAUUCUAAUCCUUUUGAUAAAGAUUUAAAUUUUAUGAAUCUUAAUAUGCAAGUUAAUGAUUUUGAACUUAAUAAUAUCGAAUUAAGUUUUGAAAAUUAUACUUUUGACAUGAACACUGUGACUGGGAAUGUACUUAGGCUGUUCAACCAUUAUUUAAAUUAUAUAUACAAAGUAAUGUACAAUAAUACAAACAAGCAAAUGACACUAAACUACGACAAAUACAUUAAAUUCUUAUACAAACUCAUUUGUUCCAAUGAUAAUGAAACCCUUAUGACGAGGUCAACAAACACAUUUGAAUAUAUUUAUCAAUUCCUUUUAAAGUUUAUAAUUUUGUAUAGCUCCAGACGUACUAUUGGUUAUGAUAGUGCUGAAUCUAACUCUACGACUGAUUCCGAGUUAAACACAACAAAUUAUGACAUAUUAACAAAUUAUAACAUAUUAACAAAGUAUAGCAUACUGGCGAGGUAUAACAAUUUAAGUUCUGAUUAUUCUAUUGGUGAUUGCGGUAACAUAAAACUCCUGAUGCUGGUGAUAAAUUACAAUUUACUGAAGCACAACUCUGGGAUUUUGAGGAAAUUUAAGAAUGAAAUACUGAAAAUGUUAAAUGAGAUGAAGUUUGACAUGAGUAACUUGAACCUCUAUUACCUUGUCAAUUGCCAUUACAAGCUGAUAAACUACAAAUUCGACUCACAGAAACAUUCCUCACCUUAA